CGUAAUUCGCAUUGGCAACACCGAUGUAGGAUGUUGUGAUUCUGUCAAAAAAAUAACAAAUAUUUACUCUUUUUCUUCUAAAGUUUCGGGGAUAAAAGCCAGUCUGGGAGAUAUUAGCAACAGAUAUAUUUAGCCAAGAUGGGUGAUGGAAUGCUAUCCCUGUCUUGGAACAAUCACCAUGCUACUUUCUGUGAUAUAUUAAGUAAAUGCAGAGAAAAGGAAACCUACACAGAUGUAACACUUUCUUGUGAGGGAAAUUUUUAUCCAUUGCAUAAAUUAGUCUUGUCAACAUGUAGUGAAUACUUUGAAAAAAUAUUUGAAAGAACACCAUGUAAACAUCCAGUGAUUGUGCUGAAUGACAUUAAGUGUAGAGAACUUGAGGCACUGUUGAGCUAUAUGUAUGCUGGGGAAGUGAGUGUGCCGCAGAGCAACCUAGCUAUGCUUAUAAAAGUGGCAGAGGUCCUGCAGAUCAAGGGCCUGGCAGUGCCUGACACGCCCCCAGCUCCUGCUAAAUCUAAGUCAAGUUCUCUCGAGUCUGGGACUGAGAGAUGCAGCCCACACCCUGCUAAAAGACGCAGAACAGAGGAAAGACUUGUAGACACCACCAGAACGAUGCACGAAUCCACAAGUCCCAAUGUCAGAUUGAACCCCACUGAGAAAGGGAGACAAGUGACCCACGAAGAAGGACACCGCAGGAAAGACCAGGAAGAAGCUCAGGACCCUCUUUCAGUAUCUGAGAUUGGGCAGGAAGAUUAUUAUGCUGCAGAAAUUAAAGAGGAGAUUAUCGAGGAUAUGGUCGACAGUGAAGGCGCUCAGAUAGGAAGAACGGAUCACAGUGUAGAAUACGAUGCUCAGCUUGCCCCUUUUAAAAGUGAAGGUAGUAGUAGAGACAGUAUAUCAGGACACACAGGCUCAGCAGAAUACAGUGAUCCACAGUUUGAACACCUCAACGCCUCUGGACUGCAGACAAGUGAAAUGAACCCAGGACCUUCGGAGAUGAUUGAGUGGCAAGACGGCAUAGUACAAUCGGACAUGACUUCUGGAGAAGGCUGCAGUGGGGUGGGCAUCCUCCAACCAUCGUCACCCAUGUUAAGCCAGCAAACGCCACAGCUUCUAGCACAACAAGGGAUGGUAGCACUUGAGGGCUCAGCAGCAGCAGCGGCGAUGGUCAGAGUCCGUGGAGGCUACACACGCUGGACGCCCGAGGAACGGCUCCUGAUUGCCAAGGCAUGCAUAAGGAUGGGGCCCAAUAAGGCUGCCAGGGAACUCUCCAGGACCCUCAACAAGAAGCUGAGCAAGUCCACUGUCCAAAAUAUCCAUAAGCAGUACCUGGAAAGGCUGGCAAAACGGCAGCUGGUCAAUGCACCAUUGAGUCUCCCUCAAGGGAGGCAAGGACAAUGAGAGGAGGAUAUCCAGCCGUCUACUGGAUGGUUUGGUUCUUGUUUGUCAUCAUUGGAGGCCAGUGCUGCGUUGUUUCUUCUGUUCUUUUGAGAAUAUAGGCAUUGUAUUUAUGGCUGAAAAGGACUGAGGAAUUCCAUUCUUGCUGGGAGUAAGAGAACAAAAUGUGGGUGAUUAGAACAUUUGGAAAUGUGUAGUGAUUGGUGAUGGAUGGAUAAUUCAGUUGCAAAUGUUGGAAGAAGAACAACAUUGCUAAGAGAGAGGGAGAAAGACAGAGACACACAGAAAGAGAAGCAGAGAAGGAUACAGAUAGAGAAAAUCCUCCCUAUACCUUGUUCGUUUUGUUGUGGGAGAGCUUAGGAGAUGGAGACUGAGGCCCAAUGUAGGG